UCUUGGAGUAAGAUUCGGUGAUAUUUUUUAUGAAAAAUAUUUACAAAGUGUUUGAUGUGAUAUUCUGUGUCGGAACCCUGCGUUACCCCCGCCCCUAAUGCCCCGGCUUUCGACAUGCAAUCCCCAUCACCUCGACUUCGCCAUUACAGGACUAUGACGGCAAUAUGUUUCGUGUGCAACCUGCCGAUACUGUCCCACCAAGUGGGGCUGGUCUGGGCGGGCGGGAACGGCUGGGACGAGCUCACCAGGUCUACCCUGGAGGAGUCCACCCUGAGACAGCGACUGGGCAGCAGGAGAGACUCCGCUGCGCAGGUCUCCUGUCUCUCGCCGCCGGAACCCGAUGUGGACCAGCCACGAGUUGGCCCUCGUCGUCGCCGCUCGUCACUGGCGCAGCUGACAGACAUCCUACGCGAGUGGGGCGGAGGCGGCAGCGCGCCCCGCCGCCAACGCGCGCCGCUCUCGCGCCGAGAAACGCUGGCCGAUCUCGCCAGAUCACUGCCCUGGACCAGACACGAGCCCCCGCCGCGACGGCGACGCGACUCCUCCGCCGAUUCCGGCAUCAAAUCGAUGGCCUCCAAACGCCGCGAUUCGAAAGCGCCCCAAGAUUUCAAAACCGAUUUCCCACCUCAUCUCGAUCGAAAAGAUUCGAUAGCUCACACCCGAGAACGCCGCAUAAAGAGACGAAGUUCGCACGACAAGGAGAGACGAGACUCAGUCGAAGGUGGCCGCCAUCGUCGGGAUUCGCUCGCGGCCCCCACCCCACGAAUUGUGGCGACACAUAAGAAACGACGAGCGUCGCCGCCUAUUAACCCUCCGCCGACCAUCGUCGAUGCCUCCUCGGAUCCGGGGCCCUCGACGCCCCAGCCGCCUUCGGUGACGAUCGUCGCCGUACACGAGCCGAGCCGAUCCGAUGGCGAGUGUCCUCCGAUGACCAUGCCGACCAUCAUCACGUCGGCUGUGACACCGUCACCGACUUCCCCGACGGUACCGACCGCUAAUGCAUCCCAAUCAACACAAGCCACCCAAGCCGUGCAGGCUCAGGGCACUCAGGUAGUAUCUCCCAGCGGAAGGACACCGCCGAGUUUGGGUGGGCGCCGAGAUUCGACCACCCAAUGCGGACGUGCCCGAAGGGACUCAAGAGCCACGGCGAGUCCCGAGCGUAGACUCGGUAGAUUACAGCGACAAGCGACCGCAUUCGAUGAUCCGAUUGGUCCGCCUGGUACGAGACGAAGAGACUCCGGGCCCUCGUUAGAGCCGGACGAUGCGGGUCGAGCGAGACGAGAUUCCUUGAGUCCAGAUUCCGCAGCGAGACCGCGUCGUGAACGAAAUCAGUUGAGUCCGGAUCGCGCCGGGGGAGGCGAGCUGAGUCCAUCGGCAGCUCGUCGAAGGAGCCGCUUGAGAAGACAAGCAUCGUGUGCUCGUGUUGGAAGGGCUCGCAGCCCCGAAUCCAGUUCCUGCUCAAGUCGUGAUCCGAGCCCCUGUGCGCGGCCACCGGAGCGAACAAUGUUUCGGCGUCAGUCCACGACGGAGGAAAUACUUAUAGCGCGGGGUUUCCGAAGACAAUCGACGACUGAGGAAAUGAUAAGAUGUCGAAACUUCAGGAGGCAGAGUUCCCAAAGCGACGACGCGUGUAUGCGAGCUCGCGGACGACGGGACUCCUCGACACAGAUACUAGAUGGCACCAUCGGUACCAUGACUGUGGAGACUACGAGUACCUUCUUCGACUCCAGUACGCAGACAGAGCCGUCCCCGCUGUACGACAACAACCACUACCACGAGGAAUGCCUCCGCUGCAACUCCUGCGGGCUGAACCUCAGUGGACCCAACCAGAAACGGGCGCGGCGGUUCAAGAACCAGAUCCUGUGCGACCUGCACUUCGCGGACGUGGCGCUGAUGGAGUGCAGCGACUUCAUGCAGCAGCUCCGCAGCUUCAAGCCGCAGUCGCUGGGCUGCGCGGUCGCGCGCCGCAAGUCCUCCACCACGCUCAUCUUCCCGCUACCGCCGCAGGCCUGCUCAGAUGAGUUCUGCGAGGAGUACCCUCACAGCCUGAUCCCGACUCCGGGCUACUGGAUCGAGUGUUCCCGACAGAAGAUCGCCACAGACACCAUAUGGGACGAGUCCGAGUCAGAACACGAUAGUGGGCCCGAUAGAGAUGAUCAAGAUCGCCGCAGAAGAUCGGGCUCGCUGGACGAGGCGGCUGAAGAUAGCAGUGACAACGGAGGCAGCACGCCCAAGAAAAAGACCGCCAUAGAGGAGCAGUGGGAGAGGUCUGGAGGCUUCGAGCUCACCUCGGUAGAACAGGAGACAUACGAAAAGUACUUCUACGGCACAGAACAUUGGAACUAUUUUACCAAUGACGAGGAUCUUGGACCAGUUAUACUGUCAAUCAAGCAGGAGACAUUGAACGCGAGAGAUCAGUUUAGGAUACUAGUACGGGCCAUCAGCUACACAGUCCACGGUCUGAUACCGGCGUCAUGCGUGUUCGCUGACCGGUACAACCGGGAAGAAGUGGUGCGGUCCCUGGGCAAGGAAGUCAACAUCAACCCGCCGCUGAUGCUGGGCCAGCUGCCUGAUACUCCAGAGGAGUUGCUGAAACUUGAUCAGGUGUUCAUAAAGUCAGAGCUAAAGGUGGGCGUGAUUUACGUGAAGGAAAAUCAAUACACGGAAGAGGAGAUUUUAGACAAUAACGAGAAUUCGCCGCUUUUUGACGAAUUUCUGCAGGUCAUGGGAGAAAAGGUCCGGCUGAAAGGCUUCGACAGAUACAAAGGCGGUCUCGACACGGUCCACGACCUGACGGGUCUCUAUUCUGUGUACACGAACUGGCGGGGCAUCGAGAUAAUGUUCCACGUGUCGACGCUCCUGCCGUACGAGCGACACGACUCGCAGAAGCUACAGAGGAAGAGGCAUAUCGGCAACGAUAUCGUAUGCGUCGUGUUCUUGGAGGCGGACAAUACGUCGUUCUCGCCCGCUUGCAUCAAGAGCCAUUUUCUACACACUUUUAUUUUAGUGCGAGUGUCAGCGAAGAUUCGCCGGCGACCAACCCGGUACGAAGUGUCGGUGGUGACACGCGAUGAGGUCGGGGCGUACAAGCCUUACCUGUGGGAGCAGAGUGUCUUCGACAAGGGGCCUAUGUUCAGGGAAUGGCUCCUAACCAAAAUCGUGAACGGCGAGCGGGCGUCAUACUCGGCGCCGAAAUUCGCGCGGAUGCAGGAGCGAACCCGGAGUCAGAUGUUAGAGGACAUCGUCGCUAACUUACAGAACCACGCUGAAACAGGACAGAUACCAAAACCGUAUAGAAGAGGUUCCUGGCGCCCAAUUGGUCACAUGCGCCCAUCGUCACCCCUGCUCGACUCCGUCAGAGAUCAGUUUGAGGACGUAGAGGGUCUGGCCCGGGACUUUACCCGCGUGUUCCUUAACAACGAGCUCAACAUCGCUCAGAACGCUCAACUAUUUGAUGUGGUGUUCCUCGUUGGACAGUCGAAACAGAAGACUAAGUUUAUCGGGGUUAGAGCCAUACUUGGAGUGAGGAGUAGGGUAUUCCAAGAGAUGCUGUACGGCAUCCAGACGGGUUUCGGGUCGCCGCAGGUGCCCGUAGCGGAGCUGCUGGCGCGGCCGGCGCCGACGCUGCUGUCGCCCACCCCGGCGAGACAGAAGAGCAGCAACUUCCUGCAGGUCCCUGAUAUUGAGUCGCCCAGACCCAAAAGCGUCCCGAGUUCGCCGAUGGUAAAGCGAGCGUUCUCCCGCCUGGGCACCAUCACUGCGGGCUGGGGGAGGUCCAUCAGGAAACAGCACUCCCAACUCAACGCUGACGACAAGAAGAAGUGGGCCAGUUCACAGGAUUGCUCAAAUAAAGAAAACAAAGAUAAAGACAAGGACAAGAACGCGGCGCUCGCAGUGCCGCGACUGUCCGUGUGUGCUGAUGCGCAGAAGGUGGACCGGGCCAAACUCGCGCAGACUGAGUUCUCGAUUAUCGAAUUCGACCCGGAGACGUUCCGGAUACUGCUGGAUUACCUCCACACGGGCAGCUGUCCGCUCACCUGCGCGUCCAUACCGGGGCUGAUCUGCGCGGCAGAACACUACGACCUGCCUGAACUGCUGCAGGCCUGCUUCCAUCACGCCAAACAGUGUCUAAGGAUUGAAGUGGUGUGCACUAUGCUCAUAUCACUAGAAAACUACUACUGGAGGUAUACGUCCGCUUCAGAAUUGGUGAACAUGAUUCUCGCCUUCAUAGAACAGCGAGCGUACGCCCUGUUCCAAACGCCGGAAUUCCUCAACCUUUCCGAAUCGAUGGUGCAAAUGAUCAUGUGUAGGAACCUAGAAGUGCCGGAAGUGAGAAAGUUCGAAGCCAUGCUCGGCUGGGCCAAGAAUAAGAUUAAAUCUAGAUCUGCAAAUAAGACUGACGCUAAGAAUGAAUUUAAAUGCAUUAUGGAGAGGCUAGCUAGAGAUUUGAAAUUGUACAGGAUUUCGCCGCAGGAACUCAUAAAGGUGGUGCUCCCGUCGAAGGCCAUCAAGAACGAACGGAUUCUCGAGACGCUGAUGUACCAAGCGAACUCGGGGAUGUACCGGAUCCAAGACAGCUACAUCGAGGCGUGCCAGCAGAGGCUCCAGAAACAAGACUCGAGGUUCUCCGAAUUCGAAAGUUUCGACUACGGCAUUUAAACGUUGAGCUGUGAGGAAUAUCAGUGUAUUAGAUAGAUUAAGAAGAGCGGAUGGACUAUGUUCUUCUCGAUGUGGUACGUUGACGCCUUCUAAGUAUUAUUGUUAUAGAUGUACUUUAGUAGAGGUGCGAGAAACAUAUUUGUACACUUCUCGGAUACCUAUUCCUUGUUGUUGUUCAUUGAUACCUAUAUAUUUUUACAUCUAGCUAGGCAUGUUCAGUGUAAACAUCUAUAUUUUUGGUACCAAGUAUGAUAUAUCGUAUGGUCGAUACCGAAAUGGGUGUUUUGUGAUGCUGAUCGGAGAAACGUUUUCGUUUCUAUCGGGAACGGAUUCUAGGUUGAGGGCCUGGGGAGUUACUCUAUGGGUAUUUCUUUCUUAUGCAAUAAACCUUAUGAAUUGAAAUUUAUCCGCCCUAACAGUUAACUAAAUGCGGAAUCAUUUUGCUCACUAUACAAAUUAGGCUUUGGAUGUCUUUCUAUCUUUAAGUACCGAUUUAAGAUUUAGUCCCCAGUGUGAUCCUUGAUUGAACCUACGAGUGGCAUUUAACAAGCGACUGAUCAAAGAGUUUUGGCGUUUAUCAUAGGAAACAUAUAAUGGAAUUCUAAAUGUUUAGAUAUAAAUAAUUGUUGCAAUAUCCCCGUAUUACCAAAUGUAUUUAACGAAAAAUGUUACAAAUGGAGUAGUAGAAUAUAUUUAUGUGUAGAGAAUCUCAAAUAAGAACUCUAUUGUAAAAAUAGAAAUAUAUGUUGUUGCUCUUAUAGACUCAAAAUCUUUCGGUAGGAUAUGUUUUCUAAUCCCUUGAUCUAAUACCUACUAUUUGCAUAUUGAAUGUUGGAUGUUAUUACAAUAUUUCUUAAGCGUAAAAAUAUUUGGGCGUACGUCAUGUGAAAUGUUGAAAAUU